GGGAUUGCUUUUCAUUUAUUUUGACGUUUCACAGCCGGCGUCGCGUUGCUUUCAUUGCAAUUUCGCUGACUGUUUUUGUGCGCAUUUGACUGCUUUAAACUGAAAAUAUGAGCUCAGGCGGCAUGUUAUAUGGUGGCGACGAGAUUGGGGCAUUGGUUUUCGACCCUGGCCACCAUUCAAUUCGUGUGGGUUACGCGCAGGAAGAUACGCCGAAAGCCGAGAUCCCAGCAGUGGUUGGUGAAGGACCUGAGGAGCCCGACACCAACAUGGAUAUUGACACAAAAACGGACAAUAACAUAACUCAAUCUUCAGGUCGGAAGUAUUACGUUGAUACCACCUACGUCUGCGUACCUCGGGCCCAGAUGGAAAUCCAGACGUACAUGAAGGAUGGAAUGAUCGACAACUGGGACUUGUUUGAAAAGGUCCUGGACUACACAUACGCGAAAGUGAUCCAGUCAGAGUCAGAAUAUCAUCCGGUUCUGUUUUCUGAGGCGAGCUGGAAUGUCCGGAACAACCGCGAGAAGCUCACAGAGUUGAUGUUCGAAAAGUACAAUGUGCCUGCAUUUUUCCUUGUGAAGAAUGCCGUGCUGGCAGCUUUCGCAAGUGGUAGAGCUACCGCACUAGUUGUAGAUAGUGGCGCGACCCACACUUCCGCCGUGCCCGUUCACGAAGGCUAUGUUCUGUCCCAAGCUGUUGUGAAAUCACCUCUCGGUGGGGACUAUCUUUCCCUGCAGUGCCGGAAAUAUUUGGAAUCUCAAGGAAUUGAUUUGACGCCAUCAUACAAAAUUGCUUCGAAGGACGUGGUAAAGGAACGCGACAAUCCCCGGUUUACUCUCCGGAAGUUACCGGAGAAUUUGACUCAAUCCUGGCAACAGUACAUGAUGAAGGGUUUGCUGCAAGAUUUCCAAAUGUCUAUAUUGCAAGUUCUAGAGAGUCCGUACGACGAACGCACUGCUUCCCAAAUUCCAUCGGUUCAUUACGAAUUCCCCAACGGAUACCAUCAGGAGUUCGGCUCAGAGCGGUUCAAACUAGCCGAGACGCUUUUCGAUCACACGAUGCUUGGCGCGGGUCAAUUGGCGUCCACGAGCGUCGGAAUGUGCGACGCUGAUGUUCGAAUGUCUCUGUACGGUUCCGUAGUAAUCACUGGUGGAAACACAUUACUGCAAGGCUUCCCCGAAAGGUUGAAUCGAGACCUGCAACACCGCGCACCGUCGAACACGAGAUUGAAGAUGAUUUCAGCGAACGGCAGUGUUGAACGGCGAUUCGGAGCCUGGAUCGGUGGAUCGAUUCUCGCCAGUAUUGGGACAUUCCAACAAAUGUGGAUCUCGUCGCAGGAGUACGAAGAGUCAGGGAAAAGCCAAGUCGAGAGGAAAUGUCCGUGAGAGUGAAUGAAAUGAAACGAAAUGUAGACUGUAAUUGAUAAUUAUUGUAAUGUAAGCAAAUAAUAAUAAAUUGGUUCCCAUUUUACGACUUGAUUUAAAAGCAAA